AAGGCGUUCGUUCCGGUUGUGUAUGUAUGGUGCCAUUUAAACCGGGGCCUUUGGCUCCAGCCUUCAGCAGUAACUAUGGAGCCUCGUCAUGGUAUCAUGAAGGCUUUCCCCAAAGUUAAAAGAGCCAAAGUGCUUCCAGGAAAGGAUGCACCACCGCUGAAGAAGAAACCUGAUGAAUGUAAUGUCACAGGGAACGCCUUUAAUGGCAUCACUGUGUACAUCCUGCCCGCUGCUAUUGGAAAUGCCAGGUGUCAAAUCUUUCAACGACAAAUCCAGCAAAAUGGUGGACUCACAGAGAGUUCACUUGGUCCUGGUGUCACACAUGUUGUUGUUGAUGACAGCAUGGACAGAGACAGGGCAUUGCGUUUACUUAAAGUGAACUGCAUGCCCUCUGGAGUCCAACUGGUGAAAUGCACUUGGUUGAGUUCAUGCAUUAGUGAGAAGCAACUGUUAGAUGUGGGCAACUAUAGUCUUCUUCCAGUCAAGAGUGACUCAGAAACACAACAUGAAAAUAUCGAAGAAGAGUUGCCCGAUGUCAAGCCUAUUUCAAAACCUACUGUAGAACUAGUCACUGUUGAAACCAAGGAAGAGGACAAAGUGGAUGCGCCAGUGCCAGACGGCAAGGAGGAAACGCGAGGAGAUGACGACGGGGUGUCUCAGAGUGACCUGGAAGCUCUCAUCACUGGCCUGCAUCCUAAAGAGGAGACUCCUGGGCCUAGCCAAAACCCCAGCAGUCUAGCAGACUCUGCUCCUCAGAAGGGGCUCUCUGGGAAGUGGGUUUGCGCUCAGUCCUCUCAGUCCAAGAGUAAUAACUUCAACAAGCACAUCACAGACAAACUGGAGGUGCUGGCCAAGGCCUACACACACCAGGGGGACAAGUGGAGAGCACUGAGCUACUCCAAGGCUGUCAACGCACUGAAGAGCUACCACAAGCCUGUUACAUCAUAUCAGGAAGCUUGUCAAAUCCCAGGAAUCGGGAAACGUAUGGCUGACAAAAUUGAUGAAAUUAUGGAGAGUGGUCAUCUACGGAAGCUAGACCACAUUGGGGAGGCUGUACCUGUACUGGAGCUUUUCACUAAUAUCUGGGGUGCAGGAAGCAAGACUGCACAGCUUUGGUACCAACAGGGAUUUCGCAACCUGGAGGACAUCGCCACAAAAGCCCACCUGACCCACACCCAGAAAAUAGGCCUGAAACACUACGACGAUUUCCUCGACCGAAUGCCCAGGGAGGAAGCAGCCACCAUUGAGAAAGUGGUGAGAGAUGCUGCUCUUGCUGUAGACUCAGGCUUGGUCGCACGAGCGUGUGGGUCGUAUCGCCGGGGAAAAGCCACAUGUGGUGAUGUUGAUGUCAUUAUAUCUCACCCUGAUGGCAAGUCUCACAAAGGAGUCUUCAGCAAAAUUUUACAGAUUCUCCAUGACAGCGGGUUUUUGACGGAUGACCUCGUAAGCCACGAGGAGAAUGGGGAGCAGAAAAAAUACAUGGGUGUGUGUCGCCUGCCAGGACCUGGCCACCGCCAUCGCAGGCUGGACGUCAUUGUGGUGCCCUACAACGAGUUUGCCUGCGCUCUUAUGUAUUUUACAGGAUCUGCACAUUUUAACCGCUCAAUGAGAGCCCUGGCAAAGACAAAACAAAUGAGUUUAUCAGAGCAUUCAUUGAAUAAAGAUGUGGUGCGUCAGGGUAGUGUAAAGGUUUACGGAGGCAAUCCACUCCCUACACCCACAGAGAAGGAUGUUUUUGAUAUUUUGGGGAUACCAUACAGGGAGCCUCAUGAAAGAGACUGGUGAACAUUUGUUAGUAACCAUCACUACUCUAAGAAUGACAUAAAAAAUGAAAAGUAUAAUUAAUUACAACGAUGUAUCACCAGUUAUGCUUAAACAACACAAAACUGUAUCAAUCCUGCUUAACUUGAAUGGCAAUUUUAUUCUGAAGCUUGAAGUGUCAGUUUGCCCAAAUCACAAAAACCAUUGUCUUGCCGUAACUUUUGUUAAAAUGAAUGAGUUUUGUUUUAAUGUGGAAGCCUUUUGUUUUGUAGAAUUAUGGUCUUUAAAAGUAAUUUUGUUCAUUUAAAUUCUCAUAAAUUGAAAUCAUGUUUUUUUAAACUAAAAUUUCCAAGAUAAGAAAUUCAUAAUGGGAUUUUCACAUGUCUAUAUGUAUGAUGCUUGGAUAGUAUAAAUAAAAAACAGGCUGAUUUUAAAGUACAAUGAGAAAACGUGUGCCUUUGGACAUUAGGGAACUGGCCCUUAAAAACUGUUUUAAUAAGGAGGUAUAUUUUAUGAAUGAUAAAUAAAAAAUAAAGCUGCACAGUAA